AUGGUUACCUCCGGAGACGAAUAUAAAAGUACCUCUUCACAAGGCAUGGCUGCCUAUGCUGCUCCUUCGCUUUUCCAGCCUCACAAAGCCCGUCAAGCCAUCCGGGACGCCCACGCAAAGAAGAUUCCGCCACCGCUUUGUUACUACGCAGGGUUGAGCUCCAUCCCCAUUACCCGGUACUUGGCCCCUAUGGGCUUCGAUGCCGUAUGGAUUGAUUGGGAGCAUACCCCAUGCAACACGGAAACCAUGACGACGAUGGCUCACGAGGCUUCAUUCAUGAGCCAAGACCGUGCUACUCCAUUUGUUCGCCUCCCUGGUCACGAUCACGCUGCCAUUGGGUAUUCUCUCGAUGCCGGCGCCAGUAUCGUCAUCCCCCAAGUCGAGACAGUUGAACAAGCAAAACAUGCUAUCUCCGCCGCCAAGUUUGGGACUGCGCAAAAUGGCACGCGUCUCGUAGAGAAACGAGCAGACAGCGGCAGGUCCACCUGA